AUGCCCCCAAUUUACCAAAGGCGCACGCACCUAGUACAGGGCGCGCCGUUCAGCCCAAAGACCUAUUUCAAACGAGCAAUACUUAAAUGUCCCCGCAUUUAUCACCCAGAAGUCCUCAUCGAGAGCAUAGGCGGUGGUUAUGCACGAGCAACCACCGACUGUCCUGCAAAGAAUCAGUUGAGAGUCAGUGACGACCUCUCCCAACCACUACGCCACCUUACCUUCUGCAACAUUACAUCCUCGCAGAAGUAUGAAGAACGCAUUCAAAAAUCUUUCCAAAUGAAUAAUCCUAAUAAUUUACAUAAACUACUGACGAAAAGGCUAGCUGAUCCGAUUUUCCAUGGACAUCCAAAAACUAGGGAAGAAGUAUGGCAUGAUAAUUUUCUGAAUCAAAGUAAAGUUUUUGAUCAAAACCCUUCACUUAUAAAAUUGAUUCAUAACAUAACCUUAACACAUCUAAAUGAUUGUACGCCGGUAAUACUAUAUGAUAAUCAAAUAAAAUCGCAUGAAAGCCAACUAUUUCAAGACUUAUUCAAAAGUUUUCCAGUUACUUUUGUGCAUGGGUAUAUAGAUGAGAAAGAUAAAUUAGAAGAACCGAAAUUAUUACAGGCAAGACAAGAAUGCCUUCAUUUCAUAUUAUUUCUUACCGAUGUGCAGAAAAGUGCCAAGAUUUUAGGCAAACAAUCCGAAAGUAAAGUUAUUGUGGUUGCAAGAUCAUCCCAAUGGGCAGUGCAAGAAUUUCUAUCAGGGCCUAUAUCGAGAUAUUUUAUCAAUCUACUUGUUAUCGGGCAAAGUUUUAAAGACGAUGAUAAUUUGGAAACUCCGUACAUUCUAUAUACGCAUGUUUUAUAUAUUGAUGGACUGGGCGCUAGUAAACCGCAAGUACUAUGUUCUUGGAAUCACGGAAGAUAUUCAAGAAAUGUGGACUUGUUUCCUACCAAAAUGAACAAAGGUUAUGCUGGUCAUAGGUUCAUCAUUGCUGCUGCUAACCAACCGCCUUUUAUAUUUAGAAGAAUACAAACUGAUUCUGAUGGGGGCAAUCCUCGAGUGGUCUGGGAUGGAAUAGAAGUCAGAAUUCUCAAUUUGCUAGCAGAAAGAAAUAACUUUACCGUAGAAAUAGUGGAACCUCACGCCGUUUCUAGAGAAAUAAUACUGGGUAGAGCCGACAUAGGCGUAGCAGGUUUAUAUGUAACUAGCGAAAGGAUUCGAGAUAUGGACAUGAGUUUCCCACACUAUCAAGACUGUGCAGUGUUCAUUACAUUAACGUCUACAGCUCUUCCUCGAUACCGAGCAAUCCUAGGUCCGUUCCACUGGCACGUCUGGGUAACUCUGACGUUCACCUAUUUGUUCGGUAUUUUCCCAUUAGCUUUCUCAGAUAAGCAUACAUUACGUCACUUAUUGCAAGACAAGGGGGAAGUGGAGAAUAUGUUUUGGUACGUCUUUGGAACGUUUACAAAUUGCUUUACGUUCGUUGGCAAGAAUUCCUGGAGCAAAACCACCAAGAUUACUACGAGACUUUUGAUCGGUUGGUAUUGGCUAUUUACAAUUAUAAUAACAAGUUGUUACACCGGCUCGAUAAUAGCAUUUGUGACUUUGCCAAUAUUUCCUGACACCGUGGACUCUAUAAAGCAACUUCUAUCGGGGUUUUAUCGCGUUGGUACAUUAGAUCGAGGUGGUUGGGAGAGAUGGUUUUUCAACUCUUCCGAUCCUCUGACAAAUAAGCUUUUAAAGAAAAUUGAAUUUGUACCAAACGUCGGAGCAGGUAUCAGAAAUACUACAAAGGCAUUUUUUUGGCCGUAUGCCUUCCUUGGAUCAAAAGCAGAACUUGAAUAUAUCGUGCAAGCUAAUUUUACGAAAGUUGAAUCAAAACGUUCAGUUCUUCACGUGUCCAACGAAUGUUUUGUGUUCUUUGGAGUAAGCCUGAGUUUUCCUAACAAAUCACUGUAUAGUGCAAAAUUAAGUAAUGAUAUAAGCAGAAUGUCACAAAGUGGAAUUAUUGAUAAACUGAUAGAUGAGGUACGUUGGGAAAUGCAGAGGUCAAGUUCCGGAAGACUGCUAUCGGUGGGGCGAGAAUCAUCACAAUUAGGAUCUUUGGAAGAGAAAGGUCUAACUCUAGAAGACACGCAAGGGAUGUUUCUGCUACUAGGCGCCGGCCUUCUUAUCGCAGCAACAGCUCUUUUAUCAGAAUGGAUGGGUGGUUUUUCAAGAAGAUGUUGCAUGCUGCGUAAAAAACUUACAACAAACAGGAACUCAAAUCAAUCUCUUAUUCACAUUACAAAAACAUCUGUACAGUCUAAAAUUAAUGAUAGUAUGGAUAGUAUAUUACAUUUCGACGCAAGAUCUCCAAGCAUGGAAUCCAUAGACACACUCGAUGGUCAAAUAAUCAAUGUUUCUCAAGAUAAUAUAACAAUACACAAUGACGGAGAUGAAAAGGCAGAUUCUAGGCGAUCAAGUUCAGUCGACUUGGAUAAGCAAGUAAAGGAUAUAUUUGAAAGAGACGAAUUCAGAAGAAGAGUGGUGCUGGAAGAAAUUGUGUCCAUGCAAGAUAAGAGAGAGGACACUGCAUCGAAAGGUGUAUUUGGAGAUCGCGUUAUUGAGUAG